AUGCCUCGUAUUAUAAGGCAGUGUUCUCGUGACAGGCCUCUGUUCUAUAUAAACCACAGGACACAACUCACAUGUACAAUAUUUGAUCACUGUGACUGUGAAUGCGUCUGCUUCUCCUACAACAUGAAACUCUUUGUGUGUAUAGUCAUGUUCGUGGUAUCAUUGAGCGCCGUGUCUGCUGGCUACCUCCGCAGUGGCUGGUCUUCUCCCAGUUACAGUUACAGUGUUCCUUUAGUGUACUCCCGCCCUUACUCGUACGGCGGAGGCUGGAAUAGUGGAUACGGUGGUUGGAACAGCGGCUAUGGCGGCUGGAACCGUGGUUGGAACAAAGGUUGGAACAACGGCUGGAACAAUGGCUGGAACAGCGGCUGGAAGGGCUGGUGA